GGCUGGGAGGGAGCCACCUCCGGAAAGGGAGCCACGCGGCUGUGCUGGCAGGACUGCAGUGCCACCUCUCCGGAGAAAGCCCUCACGCCCGCGCUCGCUCGCUCGCACGCACGCACGUGCACACGGCCAGCAGCGAGAGCGCCAGCUAGAGCUUUUCAUUGCCGGGCGCCUGAAAGCGAUGGCAUCUGCCCUCAACAGCAAAAUUCACCCGCCAGGAACCUGCGCGAGCUCUAAAGCCGACGCCCGCGGUGGCUCGGGCUGGAGAAUGGACUGCGAUCCUGAGAUGCACGUGAAAAUGUGCAAGAAAAUCGCUCAGCUCACCAAGGUGAUUUAUGCCCUGAAUACCCGCCAGGAUGAGGCAGAGGCCAGUGCAGAGUCACUACGGGAAGCCCACCAGGAGGAGCUCCAGGGCACAGUGACUGAAACCAGGGCCAGGCUCCUACAGGAACAGAGCCACACCAGUGAAGAAGCAGAGGCCCUUCUGAAGCGCAUCGAAGCCCUGGAGCGUGCCCUGGAGCUGCAGAAGAGGCUGACACAGGAAGCCCUGGCUGAGUCGGCCUCCUGUAAGUUGGAGACUAAAGAGAGGGAGCUGCGGGUAGAGGCUGAGCAUGCCGAACGCGUCCUGAUACUUUCCAAGGAGAUGCUGGAGCUCAAGGCUGAUUAUGAGCAGAGGCUCCAGCGUCUGACUAACCACGAGGCUCCCCAGUGGGGCCAGCUAUCCCAGGAGAGCCCGGAUGCCACAGCAGAGUCUGGCCAGCGACCCUCGGAGAUGCACCAGGUCCUGCUGGAAGUGGAGCGAUUGCGAGCUGAGAACCAGCAGCUGAGCCAGGAUUAUGCCCGCAAGGCGGAGGAGCUACAGGCCACCUAUGAGAGGGAAAACGAGGCCAUCCGGCAGGCCAUGCAGCAGUCAGUCAGCGAGGCCCUGUGGCAGUGGCAGGAGAAAGAGUCAGGCCUUCGAAAGAACUUCCAGGUCCAGGAGUCGGCCCUGCAGGCUCAGGUCCGGAAGCUGGAAGGGGACCUGGAGCACAGAGGGCGCAAGAUAAGUGACCUCAAGAAGUAUGCCCAGAAGCUGAAAGAAAGGAUCCAGGACCUGGAUGUGCAGCUGAGGGAGGCGCGGCAGGAGAACUCAGAGUUGAAGAGUACAGCAAGAAAACUCGGCGAAAAGCUGGCUAUCACCAAAGACAGAUUGAUGCUACAGGAGUGUCAUGUGACACAGAAAACUGAUGACAUGAAGACUGAGAGUGAAGUCCUGGGGAAAACAAAUGACCCGGAAGCCUGCAGUCUCCAUCCUCAGCAGGAUCCAGGCUUUCCCAGGUUGUGUCACUGCACUGAAGGAGGCUCAGAAGCACAGUCCAAGAAGGAGGCAAGUGGUGAAAGAGAACGCAUGAAGCAGCAAUAUGAAGAAGACCUUCGCAGAGUCAGGCAUCAGACUGAAGAGGAGAAGCAGCAGCUGCGGGAGCAGCUGGGGAAGCGCCUGGAAGACUUGGUAAAGAAGCACACGACGGAAAUGAAGUCCGUGCGCGCCUCUGUGGAGGUGGAAAGAAAGAAGCUGGAGGAAGUAGAAGCUCAAUUGGAGGAAGUGAAGAUAAAAUCAGAAAGGGAAAUAAAGCAGCUGGAAGAUGAGAAAGCUGCCCUCAGUGUGAAGCUUCAGAAUUCUCUACUUGAGGGUCCAUGCUCAAAGCCAAAGGAUCUUUCUCAGACACUGCUCAGAAAAGAGGUCUCAGAGAAGCUGACAGAUGACGAAGAAACCAGCAGCGAUGAGGAAGAAAGGACUGGAGAGCCACUCAAGGAAGGAAGUGACCUACAACCUUCAUUGGGCUCUGUGAUGAAGGAGAAGGCAAUGGAGAUCGGACAUCCACCAGAGGACUGGCAAAGCCAAAAGAUCAAACUACAAACCCAGGCCUCAGAGGAGCACUUGAAGAAGGAAUCCGGUUACAGCUUCCAGAUCCAACAUCAGGCACACCUGCUAGAGCUCCAGGCCCUGGAGAAGAAGGCCAGACAAGAGCUGCAGGAGGAAUGCAAGCAGAAGGCAGCCCAGCACCCUCUGCUACUUGAGUCCCUGAGGCAGGAGCUGACAGAGCAGCGAGCUGCCUGCUCAGACCAUCAGAAGGCCCUGGAGGCAUUACAGAAUGAGCUAAGGGCUCUGGGCCCCUUGGGAGAGCGUCAGGCCAUCAGUCAGUGCUCAGGGGAAAACAUAGACCACACCUUUAUAACAGAGGAUGUGGGUGGCUCCCUGUCCUGUGCUGCAGAGAAAGGGCUCCUACAGGAGAAUGCUCAACUCCAAGACACUGUUCUGCGCCUGCGUGCAGAGGUGGAACAGCACCUGCAGGAGGCGCUGCAGCUACGUGAGCAGCACCGGUUGCUAGAGGAAGACCAGAAAGCCCAGAGAGCCAUAGAGGUGGAGGCACUCCGCCAGGAGCACCGGAAGGAGAUGCAGGCCAUGGUGGCAGAUUUCAGUGGUGCCCAGGCCCGACUCCAGGCCCGGCUGGCUGCUCUGGAAGCUGAGCUAAAAGAUUGUGGAGAGAAGCCAAGAAAAGGAACGUCACGGCCUGAAGAUCUGCAGCUCAUCAGCCGCCUGCAGACACGCCUGAAGGAGAGAGAGGACAUCAUCAGGCAGCUCACGGAAGAGAGAAGAUUUCACUACGCAGCCUUCCCCAGUGCAAUGUCCCAUCGGAAUCGGUCCUUCUCUUUCAAUCCUCACCCGGGAUACUUGACCCCUUCUAUGAAGAAAAAGAAGAUGGAGGAAGUACCCAGCAGAGUGGUCAGCGUGCCAAACCUUGCCUCCUAUGCAAAGAACUUUUUGAGUGGAGACCUGAGCACCAGGAUCAAUGCCCCUCCCAUAACUAAAUCACCCAGCCUGGACCCAAGCUCCAGCUGUGGCCAGCCUUACAAACCCACCCAGUUACUAGAUGGGAAAACUACCACAAGGGCACAAGAUGGAGAAGCAACCCAACCCAAAGAAGCCUCACAAAAGCAAGGUUCUCCACAUCAGGAAUGGUUUACCAAGUACUUUUCAUUCUAAGUUGAUCUUUGGGAUCUGUUCCAAGGAGGACAUUGGAAAAUAAGUUCAACCAUCUGAAGGAAUAAAUUAAAAUCACCCAACUAGCUGGUAAUGACUUACAUGUUGGUAGAUAGCGAAAACAAAGUGGCAAUAACAUUCCAGUUUCAUUGUGACACCUGCUGAUUUAACAGGUCUUCUAGUUAAAGCUGAAACAAGACAGUUAUUUAAAAGCACCCCUAGGAAAAUGACGUUAUCUCUGAUGACCAAAUUACCCAUUGUAUUUCUAUUGCCUGUAAUGUCACACUCCACUUGGUGAGAUAUUAGCCUUGUGACUGCCAUGAUCUGCUUUAAAAGCAUUUUCAUUUUUUCUUGGUCAGCUCCACUCAAAGAGUUAUGCUAUAUAUUUCCAUAUAUAUAUGUAUAUAUAUAUAUAUAUAAAAUGUUAUUUCCAAAAUGCACAUCUAACCUCAAUAUGAAGAGGAAUAAAAUGAAGUUCAAUAUAAAAGGAAAGCUAAUGAAGACAAACAGAAACCACCAAACCUACCAGGAAUGGACUGCAGCAUGCUUGGAUUGCAUGUUUUAACUUCCCAGGUCUGACACUGCCACACACUACAGAGGGACAACACCUACCUCAAAAGGGACUUCACAAGAUUAAAGCAGCAUUCUAGAGGUGCAGCCAUCAAGCCUGACCUGGAAUGCCCAGUGAACAGCUGUGAUCCACCUGUCAAACAUCUCAGCUUCAGCGACAACUGUGUUAACAGUCUUCUGUGAGGGUUUUUAGACUGUCUGUCCUCUGAUGUCAAAGACUGCUGGACUCCCGUGCUUUCAUCUGGGUCCCCUGCUUCAGAUGUAUGGCUUCCGCACUGCUCGGAAGCCCUAGGCGAGCAGGGAACUGCCCGUGGUGCUGAAGUUGCACUCUGUCCACCUUGUACCCUCUGACAGAGCAGAUCUGACUCAGCUUUUAGUGGGUAAAACCCUUUUCUCUCUGGUGCUGGCCCAGCAAGUGGCUCAUCAACCCAUGUCAAUUCUAUGCAUUGUCAAAUAUUUGCUCUUUGAAUAAAAUUCUAAACAACUGGUCAAUGAAAA